AUGCAUGAUCAAAUCGGAAUCCCAGCUUGCUUCUCAUCAAUGGAGAAAACCAGCAACCUCUCUCCAUCCAUCACGAGAUCAGGCCAGAACGUCUUCAUGUCGGUUUACCGCACCAAAUUGGCCGACCAAUGCCGCCUGAUCACCGUCACAUGGUGCAAGAAUCUCCUCCUCCACGGCCUCUCCAUCUCCGUCGAAGGCGGCGGCGGAGACGGCGACGCAGACGCCUGCAAAAUCGAGCUCAAGCCAUGGUAUUUCUGGCGAAAGCACGGCUCCAAACGCUUCGCCGUCGACGGCAAACCCGUCGACGUCUUCUGGGACCUCAAGGCCGCCCGGUUCAACGGCGAAACAGAGCCUAUCUCCGACUACUACGUCGCCGUCGUCUGCGGCGGCGAAGUCGCUCUCCUGGUCGGGGAUUUGAGGAAUGACGCUUUCCGGAAGACCGGCUGCAGGCCCUCCCUGAUCGACCCGGUUUUGGUUUCGAGGAAAGAACACAUUUUUGGGAAGAGGAAGUUCGCAACAAGGCUCAAAUUUCAUGAAAAGGGGAGUCUUCACGAGGUUUCAAUCGAGUGCAAAAACAGAGCAUCUUGCAGCGGCGGAGGAGUGGCGCCGGAGCCGGAGAUGGAGAUUGGGAUUGAUGGGCAUUUGGUGAUGCAAGUGAAGCAUCUUCAGUGGAAGUUUCGAGGGAAUGAAUCCAUUCAUUUCAAUAAAGGAAGGAUUGAGGUUUAUUGGGAUGUUCAUGAUUGGUUGUUUUGUCCUGGCUUAAGGCAUGCUCUGUUUAUAUUCAAGCCCACUUUCUUGUCUCCUUCUUCGUCCUCGUCGUCAUCGCCGUUGUCGUCUGAUCCGGCGAGUGGGUCGCCGGAUUUUUGCCUGUUUCUUUAUGCAUGGAAAGUGGAGUGA